UGGUCGGAUUCCAUAAAUACGGCCUUUGCAUUCGUGGCGAAAUAACCAAGGUUGGCUGACAUAGAGGACCUGUCGAGGUCGAAAAUGUCGAGGAUACUAAAAAACUCGUUGGUGCAGUCCAAAACGCGUUACCAGCUUUUGGCGACGGUGAUCGUGAACAUUAUCACCUUCGGCCACGGAGUGGGUGUGGGAUGGCUGUCCCCGACCUUGACCAAAAUAACACGUUCGGACAGCCCUCUGGAUUUCCCCGUGGACAUCGAUGAAAUAUCUUGGCUGGGCUCCAUGCUUGGUCUGGGCAGUUUGCUUGGCAACUUGACGAUAGCUUUGUUGAUCGAACGAACUGGGCGGAAGUUCUGCAUUUACUUGCUGGCAGGUCCUUACGCUUGCCUUUGGAUUUUAAUUUACUUCGCCUCAAAUGUGUAUUUUCUGUAUGCUGCCCGAUUUCUUUGCGGGUUUACGGGAGGAGCUGCUUAUUUGGUAGUGCCCAUUUUCAUCAGCGAACUGGCCGAUAGCAGAAUUCGGGGUGCCCUAACUUCCAUGGUGAUGCUAUCUGUCGAUCUCGGAAUUCUAGCUGGCUACAUACUGAGCACUUAUCUGGCCUUCCACAUCGUUCCCUUCUUAGCCAUUAUCUUACCCGUGGCCUACUUUAUAGCCUCUUUAAUAUUGCCAGAAACAGCGCCUUACCUUCUAAAGCAAAGCAAUGUCGUUGCGGCCGAAAAAUCAUUCAGAUAUUACAGAAAUCACAGAAGCUCCAUCUCCGAAGAAGCCUCCAAGGAUAAGUUCGAGGAGCUGCGCACAGCUGUGGUGGCCCAGCAAACAAAAAACUCCACACCUCUCAGUUACAAAGAUCUCAUAACGAAGCCAGCCCUGAAGGCUUUUGCGGCGUCUGUCGUCCUCAGCCUAGGCUACCAGUUCAGUGGAGUCUUUAGUUUCAUCAACUACAUGUCCGACAUAUUCAAGGCUUCCGGGUCCAUUGUGGAUGUCAAUACGGGAACCAUUAUCAUAGGCGUAGUGCAAAUAAUUGGGGUCUAUACCUCCACAAUCCUGGUAGACAUCGUAGGAAGACGCCUCCUCAUGUUGAUUUCGACGUUGGGAGUGGGAAUCGGAUGCAUUGCCUUUGGAUGUUUCACCUUAAUUGGCAAAAGCUAUGAUCUCAGUGACCUGAACUGGGUUCCUUUGGUUUUAAUGAUUUUUAUUUGCUAUGUGGCCAAUAUAGGUCUGAUUGGAAUCUUCUUCCUCGUGCUGGUGGAACUGUUUCCAGCGAAGAUUCGUUCUGUUGGCACUUCCAUAUCGGUUCUGUUCUUGAGUGUUCUAGUUUUCAGCACUUUGAAGAUAUUUCCUCUGAUGUUGCACUAUUGGGGAAUAUCGUAUACCAUGUGGUUUUCAGGUGCUGCCGGACUGCUAACGUUUCUAUAUUUCUGGCUAUUCCUUCAGGAAACCAAAGGAAAGUCCAUGAUUGAAGACUAAAAGAAAAUUAAUAUGAAUAAGACCAAUUUUCCUUUAGAAUUAAAUA